AUGGUGGUGGUGGUGGUGGUGGUGGUGGUGGACUUGGCAUGGGAAUGGGUGGCCAUGGCCAUCAUGGAGGUAUGGGUGGAGGGGGACCUGGGUUUGGAGGUGGGCAUCAUGGAAGACAUCAUGGAGGGGGCCUUGGUGGACUGGGAGGACACCAUGGAGGGCAUCACGGUGGAGGAGGCUUUGGUGGGCAUCAUGGCGGUGGACAUCAUGGAGGAGGCUGGUAAUAUCCUUUUUCUGCAUGGGAUAAUGAUAUUUAUGUGCUUGUAUGGCUUUUACGACCUGUGUUAA